AUGGAAGAUGUGAACAAGUUGAAACCCUCGUUCUUGAGCUCCGAUGAGAGUCUGGCUGUUCAUGCUGGUGAAAGAUUAGGUCGUGAAAUAGUCACGAAUUCAAUAACGACCCCUAUCGUAACCACAGCGACCUUCUUCUACAAGAAUUCUUCCGAGCUUAUCGACUCCAAGGAGAAGCGGAUUGUAUGUAACGAGUAUACUCGUUAUGGAAGUCCAACCAAUACUGUACUCGAAGAGAAGAUUAGUGCACUUGAAGGUGCUGAAUCAACUUUGGUUACGGCUUCUGGUAUGUGUGCAAGUUCUGUUGUGCUGUUAGCAAUGGUUCCAAGAGGUGGUCAUAUUGUGACAACUACAGAUUGUUACAAGGAGACAAGGAUUUUCAUUGAGACUUUUCUUCCAAAAUUGGGAAUCACUGUGUCUCUGAUUGACUCUACUGAUAUCGCGGGGCUUCAAGCGAUACUUAAUAACCAUGAGGUUUCUAUGUUUUAUACCGAGUCCCCAACAAACCCGUUUCUUCGAUGUGUGGACAUCAAGUUAGUUUCAGAAAUCUGUCACAAAAGAGGAACUAUUGUUUGUAUAGAUGGUACCAUUGCAACACCUUUGAAUCAAAAGGCACUUGCUCUUGGUGCUGAUCUCGUUAUCCAAUCUGCUACUAAGUACAUUGGAGGCCACAACGACGUUCUUGCUGGAUGCAUAUCUGGAUCGAUGAAGAUGGUUUCCGAGAUCCGCAUCAUGCAUAAUCUUUUGGGAGGCACGCUUAGUCCGAACGCUUCGUAUUUACUCAUUCGAGGCAUGAAGACCAUGCAUCUUCGAGUAAAACAACAGAACUCUACUGCUUUGAGGAUGGCCCAUGUUUUAGAAGCACAUCCCAAGGUAAGUCGUGUUUACUAUCCUGGCCUUCCAAGUCAUCCCGAUCAUCACAUAGCCAAACAGCAAAUGACAGGUUUUGGUGGCCUGGUCACUUUCGAGAUUAAUGGCGAUCUAGAGACUACAAUCAAGUUCAUUGAUUCUCUCAAGAUCCCUUACAUUGCAACAUCUUUUGGUGGAUGUGAGAGCUUGGUGGACCAACCCGCUGCAAGGAACUGGGAUGUACCACGAGAAGAAAGGCUCAAAUAUGGACUGAAAGACAACUUAGUUCGCUUUAGUUUUGGUAUUGAAGACUUUGAGGACUUGAAGGCUGACAUUUUUCAGGCUCUUGAAACCAUAUCCAUCGAAGCUUCAUCGUUUUCCAACCAAAACGUUACAGUUUCAGACAAAAACUAG